AUGACGUUGGAUAUUAGCAAUGUCGAAAAAAAAACAACAUGGUUACUACAUAGCACCGCUGGCGCGUGUAGUGGAGCUUUUACACGCUUGGUCUGUCAACCAUUUGAUGUACUCAAAAUACGAUUUCAGUUGCAAGUUGAGCCAUUAUCAAGAAAUUCAAAUAACUCCAAGUACAAAUCUAUUUACCAAUCAAUUAAUCUUAUAUACAAAGAAGAAGGUUUUAAGGCAUUAUGGAAAGGUCUUUUACCGGGACAGUUCUUAUCAACUACCUACGGAUUAACACAAUUUUUAGUCUUUCAAAAAACUCUGGCAUUACUAUCAAUAACUGAGAAAGAAUUAAAUCAGACCUCAAGUGUUCAUUUUCUAUGUGGUGUUUCGUCUGCAACUGCUGCUACUUUGGUAUCAUAUCCAUUCGAUGUUGUACGCACUCGACUAGUAGCUCAAAAAUCCAAUCAAAUUUAUGCAAAUAUGAGAAGUGUGGCCAUAUCCAUGUAUAAGACAGAAGGUGUAUCUGCAUACUACAGAGGAUUUUUUCCUACCAUACUGCAAAAUGCUUUGCAAGGUGGUUUCUUGUUCAUGUUUUAUAACACAUUUUCAAAGUUUUCCUCCACGAAUACUAGUACUAAUACGACCAUUCAUGACAAUCACAUGAACAGUGUUAAACAAUUCAGCUCUGGAUUCAUGGCGGGGGUAGCAGCAAAAACAAUUGUGUACCCACUAGAUGUAGCAAAAAAACGGAUACAAUUACAAGAUUUUAUUCACUCUAGGGAUGGUUUUGGCAAGAAAUUUAUGUGCAAUGGAUUAUUGGACUGUAUCUAUGUUACACUUCGAGAAGAAUCUAUUACUGGUCUAUUUAAAGGACUGUCUCCAUCAUUGAUUAAAGCUGGGUUCACGACUGCAUUACAUCUAACCCUUUACGAACAAACCUUAAAGUUACUUCAACCUUUAGUCAACAAUUAUUAG